AAGGUGUAAUUUUUGAAAUAAAAAUGAAGGAUGAAUGACCUCUGUUGAAUGACUUCUCUAUUUGUGAAAUGUAACGUGGCUAACUUUGUAUCACUUAUUCGAUUAGAAACGCUUUUAUGCUAUAGGAAAUUGAAACCAUGAAAGUGUGUCAAUGCAGAAAGCAUACUACAGCCUUUUGUAAUUUGAAUUGCGCAACUUUAAUUCAUUAUGUUUUGCACGUAAUCCAAACAGAUUAAGACCAAAUGAACCACGUAUCGAAUUUAGCACUUUGGACAGACACUUUGUCCUCUUUUCUGGAAAAAGACCGUAUUGGAUGAAGUUGUGCCACCUUCACAAACAUGAGUGAAUGCUCAUGUGAACCUGACAAUGUGAUUGAAGCUGGAACAUUUUGAUUAGGUGAAAUACCUGACCGAAUAGUGCAACAGAAAUAUAUAUGCUUUAUCGUUAUAAAAAAAAAUACGUGCUCUUAUACUUUAGCCCUUCUUCUCUCAAAAAAAAUAAUUAAUAAAUACAAAUUAAUGGCUAACUGCAAUGAUUUCCUUUUCAUUCAACAAUAGAGGAUACACAAUAGCUUGAUACACUCUUGACUUUUUUAAUUAUUAUUUCCUUUAUUAAUUAAGUUGAAAUAGUAUGGUGUGAUGCCAUUAGUCGAGUAGAGGAUGAUUUCUUUCCUUGCUUCAUGAUCUGGAUAUAUAUUUCUGAUUCAAAAGAAUACGGGAGAUUUUUAAAGAGAUAGAUAUGUAAUGCAAUAUUUUUCCUUUUUUUCUCUCAUUUUUUCAUGUACAGUUAUUGAAGUGCUUAGAUCACUUAUUCUUCUUCUUCUGAUUUCACUAAUUGGUAAAAAAUUUAUGCGUCUCGAUGAUCGAAAACAAUAGCAAAAGAAGGUCCAACACGUUUAUAGAAGGAGCGAUUAAACGAACCCAAAAGAAUCUAAAUUGUAGUUGUUGAAAGUUGUUCUGGUGUGUGUAUGCCAUUAAAUUCUUUUCAACGUUCUGUUCCUAAAAUUAUUAUUUUUAAUACGCUACACAUCCUAAUAUAUGAUAUUUCAAAUAUUCUUAAAAUUGAUUUAAAAUUAACAAAGAUAAUACAUCUAGAAAUAAAAUUCAUUACAAAGGGCUCAGGGCCAUUUUUGUAGAAAUUACUGCGGCCAAGCCCUACUCAACCCAAAGGGAAAUUAAAAGCAGAAAGUUCAAUUCAUGCGAACAUCGAUUUCUAUACGCGCAUAAACAGGUUUUGACAUGCUUGCAAGACUUUUUAGACGAGAUUCUCAAAAAAAUCCGUCCCCUAGCAUCGGAACCAACGGCAAUAACCAUGAGCAGACAGUUCCACAAGCUACAGUGUCGAAUCACAAAAUUGCUAUUCUACAAUCCCCUUCCCCACAUCCCCAGUCUGACGAACAAUUAGGUGUUGGCGAAGACAUGUGUGAACUUGUUAGCUUGUCUAAACGUUCCCAUAUUUCUAUUAGCAUUCCGCGCUAUCGCGUUAGUGGAAGCUACAUAGAGUACGUGAUUGAGUGCACUCAGGGUCAGAAGUUCUGGUAUGUCUGUCGGCGCUAUCACCAAUUUAAGGUGCUGGAUCAAUCCCUUAGGCAAUUUUGCACCCGAGGAACUCCAAAUCAUGGUGGCUAUGGCGUCCUUCCGGUGCUUCCAGUUAGUCAUUGGAUGGAAGUAACCAACCAAUCCACACAGCUUGUGGAAAAGCGUCGGCGGUAUUUAGAAAUCUACCUGCAGCAGCUCUUAGUGCCAGGUAAUUUAUUCCUUGUAGCCCGUACUCCGCUCUACAUUUUUUUACACGAGGGGGAGGUCGCUGUGGAGUUUGGAAUGUGUGCUAUUCAGCCUCUAAUCGGUUUUAGUGCGGAUGCAGUGGAAGUCGAGAGUGAACUGUGCAUAAGUACCGAUAGUAGCGACUCGCAUAAAAAGUGUUGCAAAGCCGCUAGUGAGCAGGUAGAAAACCUCACAUGUACGCACUCCCAUAAUUUUCACCAUCCUUUACAAUUGCACCCAGAGGAGUCUUCUUCCUCGACUAAUGUAUCACCUUCUGUGACCAGGACGAAACUCCCUACGCCACCUCCCCAUAUGCUUUCACCACCAUUAUCUUCAGUUCUCAUUUCAGCACCAUCCAUACGUUCAGACCAAAUCAAGACCGGGCUUAAGAAGUUACCUUCCAAUUCAGAAUUCCAGGAGCCAGGGAAAAGUCAGUCAUUUCUAGCCGAAAAUGGCAUUUGGUCUAGCUCCCAUUCAAGCCUGAAUAGACUUCAUGCAUCGAGAGAUCAAACUGAAACUCAUCCAGGACGUACAUUGUUAUCCUCUUCUGUGCCACGAGUUCUGUCCCGGACGGGUACUUUAGCAACUCUAGAUAACAUCAAUGACACCAGAUCUUUGAAAUCACCUCUUGUACCUCUAUGUUUGGACGCCGCUCUGUCAAAUAUUGCUCUAGCGUCCUCAUCGUACGAUAUUUCUGCAUGGGGAAAUGAGGAUACCCCUUCCGAUAGCGACGCAGGAAGCUCCAUUUCCCCUUCUGUACACGCCAUCAGUGGCCAAGGCGCUGGGUUCGUAAGUGGAGACGAUAAGCGGUUUUUACCUUUGACACAGAAGUGUGGCCUUUGUCAUCAAGAGUUCUCCUCGAUGCUUUACCCACACCGAUGCUUCUUCUGUCGUAGCCACUUUUGUUUUCGUUGUUUGUGGCGGAUUGGCUUCAGUCUCCUUAAGCAGCUGCCUCCUUCUUCCGCCGAUGCGAGGCCCAAACCCAACAUCCCCUGUGAUGCCGAACCCAACACCCUAGAAAUAGAGGGGAAGAAGAGACAUGUCAACGCAUGCACGCCGUGCACUGAGAAUUACAAACAACAGCAAUUGUGUCAUAGCCACACCGCGAACACGGUGCAUGCACCCCCCAACCUCCAGGCUGUCGCUGACUCACUCCCAAUGACUGGUGUCCAUCACAAGGAGGACUCCAAACCACACACUGGUGCUGAAAUAAUAACAUUUAGGAAUGAGAAAGGGUUGCCUGGACAGGUGGAGCUUCAUGACUUUCAGCUCAUUACCCUCCUUGGUCAUGGCUCGUUUGGCAGGGUCAUUAAGGUAAGACUUCUCUCCACUGGUGAAAUUUAUGCAAUGAAGGUCUUGACCAAGUCCUUAGUCCACCAGCGCUCCAUGGAUUCCUAUAUCAAAGAAGAAAGGUCUAUUCUUACGAUGCUACCAUCCCAUCCUUACAUUGUUAACUGCCACUUUGCUUUUCAAACAAAUUAUUACAUAAUUUUUAUUUUAGAUUAUCUUCCUGGUGGUGAGCUAUAUGACAUCAUGUAUCACCAUUAUCAUCUGACACAGUCAGCUGUUCAACUUUAUAUGGCGGAGCUUGUCCUAGCGAUCGAGCACAUUCAUAGUCAUGAUGUGGUGCAUCGUGAUAUUAAAUCUGAAAAUAUUCUCCUCGAUUCGGAGGGGCAUCUACGGCUCAAUGACUUUGGACUUGCGCACGCGAACUUCUCUCAAUACACUCAACGAAGUUUCGUGGGUAGUGCCGAAUAUGUAGCACCGGAGAUUGUUCGGUGCGAGAAGCAAACCCGUUCCCUGGACUGGUGGAGCCUCGGUGUGCUAUUUUACGAGAUGCUUCGAGGUCAUACACCCUUUCAUGCUGAAAACAACAAUGAAGUAUACGAAAAUAUUCUCAACAAGGAACUUGAUUUAUCUGAUGAACGCUUUUUUACACCAGAAGCUGCAUCGUUAAUUCAAAACCUGUUAACUCGAGACGCCAAGAUACGUUUGCAGCAUGCAAUCUCGAUCAAGGCACAUCCCUACUUCGCUGAGAUCAAUUGGGAUGCUAUAUUUCGUCGUGAAGUGCCUGCUCCGUUUGUACCUCAAAUCUUGGACAAUAACACUCGCUACUUCAAACGAGACUUCACUGCGAAGUGGGCAGCUGUGCCAGAUCUGACCAAUUUCUCAAGCAGCUCAAUUGAGACCCUUAAGGAAUGUUUCGAUAAUUUCCCUUACGUUAAGGAUAGCGUCAAAGGGUGUAGCUCUGAUCUACGGAGCGGGUUCAAUACUUCUAUACCGAUAUCCCCCUUUACAAAUUUUCAGUUCCCACAAAUGUCCCAGGGUCCCACAACCUUUGGGAUCGACACUCCCGAAGAAUUAAGGCGUGAGCGAUUCCGAGAGCAGCUUGUGGGGAUGUGGCGUGUGGUCAAGGUCGAAACUCAGGACCUUCAUGGACGAAUAAUUUACCCUUGGGGUGGUGAUCUUGUAGGCUACUUGAUUUAUACCCCAACUCAACAUUUUUCUAUGCAGCUUGCGCCGCAAUCCCGACGGUACCUGCGGCAUCCCCACCACCCCCGCGACGUCCCUGGCAACGAACUCUGCGAUGUGUACUGCUCCUAUGUAGCCCAGUUUGGCCGCUACGAGCUUGAUGAGACUAAGCCCUGGCAUGCAAUGCUCUGCCACCACAUCGAGGGCAGUUUGUGCCCUAAUCUGGCAGGACAUUCGGUUGUAAUGGGGUUGAAAUUUCAUGCCUCAUCGUCGCCCGAUGCCUCCGGCGCGCAUAUGAGCCCUAGGCAAGAAUGCACUUUGUCAUCCCAUUUGGCGUCCGUGCAGAUGGCGGACGCCGCGAAGGACCGCACUGCUGAGGAACCCAAGCCAUCAAGUGUUCGAUUACUUCUCGCGUUAAGCACCAUGUUACAUUACGUGCCUGGGAAACCAUUUAAGGCACAAACGACUAUUACAUGGGAAAAAGUUAAUGUCGCUUAG